AUGGAAUUUCCCUUCUCCGAUCCUUCUCCUUUGAUCCCUUCGACCAAGCGGGGCCUGCCCGAGGAGUUGGCGCAAUCCCCUACCGCAAAGCGGGCCAAACGGGCCAAGCGGGCCAAGAGUGGAAAGAAGCGUUGCGAUGAGAGUGUAAACGAGUCAGCGAUCUGCGCCGUGCAGGAUGAUUGGGCUUGUUCUGAUACCGGCCCGGCUACUCAAAAAGAUCUCGAAGACACUGAGAUGUGUGAUGCUCCUGCCCAGAACAUCCCCAAGACAGAGGCCAACACCGGAAAGUCGAGAGCCGAGCCGGACCACCAAGGGAAGCCUAAAUAUCCCAUCAUCAACGGCCGCGAAUGGAUCCCAGCUGUCGCCGGGCCAUCCAGGCCAAGGGCUGGCCACAGAGAGCUCGCUGAGCAGCCAAGACGCGAGCUCACACCUCUUAGCGAAAUCGCUCCUCCCCUCGAUUAUACUUUCAAAGCGUUCCCGAACCCGACAACAUCCGAUUACAACCCCCCUGAGGUACUGGAGAAGCCAAAGACCAAGGAUGAGGAGACCAAGGCCGCUGGCGAAUCUCCCCAAGUCACCACCAACAAGAACGACUUUGACGAGGGAACCUCCCCGAUCAUUCCCGCUCGAGGAAACCACGCAGGUACCAAAACCCUGAAAGCCAUUAACAAGCACCUCAAGGCCAUCGAGACUAAGCUCAACGAGCACUCUCCCGACGAGAUCGAAUCGCUGCGCGCUCAUAUCACGCGUCUCCAGGAGCGCCUCGACCUCGACGGCUUGCGCGCCGCCAUUCGCCACGAAAUUCUCUUCAACGCGCUCAUCAAAGUGGCAACCGACGUGGGCAAGUUGAGCAGCCAAAUCGAGGCUGCUGCCCAAAAUCAGCGUGAUGAAUCCAAAGACGAGCAGAUCAGUGAAGCGAGCAUCACCAACAUUACACCUCCGGCGCGUGUGAAUCAAAAAAAAGGAAGGGAUGGCAUCGCCGCGGCGGCUGCUGCUAUCAAGGAGUCAAAGGAUAAACAGAAGGUUAGCCUGAGGAAGUCGCGUAAGACGCUGGAGCAGUGCCUGAGGAGUUAUACCGAGGAUAUGGAUCGCGCGGGCAGUAUGAAGGCUGUGAGGAACUAUGGCGGGCUUUGUGUGCAAUAUGCUGAGGACUUAUUUAAGACCUUGGGCUGAGAGAUUUGUCGUUCCUUGUCAUCUAUCCUUUUCGCUCGUGCAUGGCUGAGCCCGGAUAUUCAUUUUCCUAAUCUUUGUAAUACGGGUGGACAAUUGUUU